AUGGCAGACGAGGGCGACGAAAAAGAUCAAUAUGACGACUGGGCCACUCCGGCUGGAGCGGAGAGCAAUGACGGGUCACCGCCUCCAAGUCCUUCGUUUGCUCCGGUAGGACGGCCGAUGGUGAAGAAGCGGUUCCGACAUAAUAUACCGAAUCCCCUCCGCCUCGACACACCGGGAAGCGCUCGGGUAAGCUCCCUGCAGGGCAAAUACUCUAGAGCUGUAGCGUCACGGAUCGACCGCGCCGACAACUCCAAGUUUCUCGAACAGUUCCGCUAUACCAUUGUCGCCUCCCAGUUGCUCAGCGGCCACUCGAUCCUUGCCCAGAAACACUUCUUCAAUAGGCAGGGCGAAGCUGCCCCGGCGGAGAGCCAGGAUGCGAAUGGUCCAACCUCAAUAGGCCUCCUUCUCACGGCGACGGCGGCCCUUACAUUGGCUUGGGUGAUUAGCUGGGUCUACUCGGAUGGGUGGUCGCAUCUAGCAAAGAAACGUGUCCUGUUCACGGUUGGACUGCUCGUCGCUGCUGUGAUACUGUCUCACGCCUACAUAAGACAGCAAUGGCUCCGGUAUCUACGAGACCAGGCUAUGACCGAGAUCACGGCGUUCGUUUCGAGAUCUCAAGACUUUGACAGUGCCUCCAGCGCUGCUGUGGCACUAGUACAAGAAGUGGAACUUGUCUCGCGCGGCUACAGAAUAAGUGCGCCGCUGCCUCCCAUUAGCCGCAUCGAAGACCGAAGCCAGACCCGACGCUGUGUUCGACUACGAAAGACGCUGAAAGGUCGAUUUGAAGAACUCGUCCAGAAGUAUAACCAGGUCACCUCCGUUGUUAAAGGCUUUUCGGAGCAGCUGGACUUGGAGAAAUACUACGACAUAUACGACAUCAGCGACCUUGACAUAUCGGAUGCACUCCAAGGUUUCCUGGAGAGCGAUUUCGAAGAUGCUGAGUCACUGCGAACGAUGAAGAUCGCGGCCGCGCGUUUCCAUACCAUCCGCAAGAUCUUCCUCUGCGCGUUGCUUGCCCUUGAAGCCAAUGGUGACGACUCGGACUACUUGCGCUGGUCGACUGCUGUGGAAGGACUUCGGGCGCUUAACGAGGUCACCAAGGCGUCCUACGAAAGACUUCAGGCUAUCCUUGGCGAGGAGGAGUUUUUCUCGGCCUUACCUGCCGCGAAGAUGCCGUUAUCACCUGGACGAGAAAGAUGGCGCUCACAGCUGAUGAAACUCAACUCGUUGUCCUCGGGGAUCCGCGGCUUGCAGGCGAAAAUGACACUCCUCCGAGAGGAGUCGGACAGAUCACUCAACGAUGCCGAGGACAUCUCAGAAUUGGCUCCGAAUCUCAUGGCCCAGUACGAGUCAAUCGGCGAGGAUCUGAGGGUACUCACGCACGCUUGGGAGGAAGGCAAAGCCGCACUUGCUUCCGGGAUUGAUCGGAAUGAGAAGCGUCUGUCCUCCAUGAGCGCUCUUCUCUCGCCUACGAUAUCCCUCAGUGGCGUCACUACCGUAGACGAUGGAGGGGCGCUGGAGGCUUUGAAAGCCUUGACCGGAGCCUCGCCGCCAAGCUCCAGUUUCGGAAGUCCGGCAGAACCCGAACACGAAGAAGUAUUCGAGGCGGUCGCAAUGCCGCGGCCAAGAAGCCUCCUGACAAGAGAGGAGCGCGUCGUCAAGAUGAAAGAGGACCGGGAGAAGAGGGAGCUGGUGAGGGAGAAGGCCGAAGCAAGUCGCGGCAUGCUUCGCGAGCUAGAGAUGGUAAUAAACCUCCAACAGAGGAAUCGGCCGAAAUCGACGGGCCCAGGCUCAACACGCAUUUCCCUAUGA